CUUCAUUCACUGUAGCAUUCCGUCCGCUUCACGUCGUGUGUUAGUCGGAUCGGAGCGCACUGUCCGGAAUUUCACUGGCCCGCCCCCGAGGGCAUCUGCUUGCCUGUGUUUUGUCACGAUGCCUUCCACCCCCGAACGCAGGAGCGACCGGCCCUCGUUGUCGCGUCGCAACAACCGCUACGAUCAACCCACCGACGAGUAUCGCUCCCCCUUUCGAAUGUCACGUCAGGCUCAUCUCACAGAUCACUUUGACGCGUCUUUGAACCUCAGCCCUCCGCCCUACGAAUCCAACUCGCCCCGCCAUCGACGCAACUUCAGCCAAACCAAUUCCUUACGAGGUGCAUUCGCGUACACUACACGUCUUGACCGUAUGGCAGACCGAGGAGCUGCAACCGCCGACGCAUCGGCUGGGUACGGCUCGUAUGGACGAGAUCGCGAUCCUUUCCUCCUGUCGUCUCCGGUAUCGAACCCUCCGAACGAGCUCGCGGAAACGUACCGCCAAAUCGACGAUGCGGGUAGCCUCAUCGACGAGGAUCCAUUGGAUGCAGAUUUCCAGCUCCCCAGCAACCGCGGCAACCGUAGUCGCGGGUCAUCGUCGGCGUCGGCGAGGAGGAGGAGUGACUGGUUCACCUCAUAUAGCCCGGACUUUUUGAACGACGUACCGGACGAAUCCUCCCGCCGGAAACAGGUGGACCGUGUCGAGGACGAGCGGCGCUUGAAAAGGGCCACAUCCAGUCGGUCACCUGUUCUCAGCAAUGCAGGGGCUCGGGACCCCCUGACGUCGGAGAACCUUCAGCGACGCGACGAAGAGGGGGAAUUUCAGGGAGGGGCAAUGGAUGUGGAGGACGACGACAACAACGAGCCCAGGCCUGCGGUCCAUCCACCUUCGGAGUGGGGGACCAAGGCAAAGUAUCGUCGCGACUGGCUGAAAAGCAUGACGCGACGCGACAACCCCCCGUUGGGUUCCACGGUGGAUAGGUCAAAAGACCCCUCACCUCCGAGGGUCAGGGCGGACCGGGACACACAAAGUAACUUGGAACGAGGGACCAUGGUUGGAGACCGCUCUACGGGACGAUACGACAGGGUGCCUCUCUCUGACGCGCAGAACAAGCUGUCUUCGGAACAGAAGGCCGAGAAAGUGACCGAGGGCGAACGCAUCCCCAACACCCCGAUCACCCUAUACCCGAGCUCGACCUUCACCAAACGAAGCCCAACCAAGAGGGACUCCCAGGAUCUACUCCGGAAGCUGUCACGGACUGAGAGCCCGGGGCAACGAAGUACCGAUGAGUUCAAAACCCCGGAAGCCCAGAAAGUCCAGCAGAGGCCACGGAUCUACGACAAGACACCAGUCGUUACUGGUGCUUGGAUUGAUACUCCGAUGACUGAACGAGUUGACAAGUUUCCCGAAGAACUGUCGCGGGAUAUCGUGCCGUCACCGCCGCAGAAUCACCGAUACGCGUCAUCUUUUCUGCCCCGAGAGUCUAGAAUUAGUGAGGUGUCAGAGCCAUCUGAGUCAGAGGCUCUGAGUAAGACGGACAAAGAAGACAGAGACCCAAAGCGACAAGAGUCUGCUUUUGUGAAGGAAGAGCCUGUGAUAGAGAACAAACCAAAGGAAAACAAGACAGAACAGAACAUCGGAAAGCUUAGCAAAGAAGCCCCAAAAGAAGAACCGAAAGAGCGGAAGAAACAAGAAGAGCAGCCGGAAGCAAGUCAGAAGGCCAAGCCGAAGAACAAAAAACCGUUGGUCAAGCCAGACCUGCCUAAAAGCGCACUGGAAACCGUAUUACAGGACUUUAAAGCCCACAAGGAGAUACUCGAUGUGGGUGACGAUACAAUUGAGUCCCUUCAAGGACUCCUUGAGGGCAAACCGAGUGAAAAUGCUACCGCAGAAGAGGAGGAUGCUGCGUACGAAAAGGCUAUCUUGAAGAAACUUGAGCUUGCAGGCUCCGGAGAUAACGAGACCGUGGAUCUAGAUCGCCUGAACGAGAAGCUGAAGUCGCUUGCGGAGAACAUACAGAAGGUAAAAUCGGGACUGAAGAGCCUUGAGGAACAAGCCUCGCGCGACGGCAACGUCUUGACCGCACCCUCAUCCAAGGGAUUACAGUUUUCACGAGCAACCAUCUGCGCGAAGUGCCAGGCGGAGACUGAAGGUCGGGUUUACACCAUCAUCUCUUUUCCUCGGCUCUGGAAACGCAAUCCCAUCUCCCGACGCGUGCGUCCCACCGGCCUCGGAUGGUGUCUCCUCAUAUUCUUGGCCUGGCUAUACUCCGAAACCACCAUGUGCGACUACUACUGCCACCCCAUCAUCGCGAACGUCUGCGAGGGCAACUGUCUCCGGCCCGAUGCACCUCAAUUUCCCUAUGUGAUCCCGACAAUGCUUUGGCGCUGGCUGAAUCUCUCCUCCAUACUCGCACCGGUCUGGGCCAUUCUCGUCGCCGCAAUCAGGUUCGUCGCCCUCUCCCUUGGCUUUUGGGAUGGCUAUGUCGAUGAGCCCCCCCGGCCGCUGAACCUGUCCGGCGAGAUCCGCAUCCACGGAACCCGCGUCGUGAGUCUCGCACAAUCCACAGCAGCGGCCAGCCGCGGUGGCUUCUUCUCACCGUCGAAGCUGUGGUCCGGCAAGGACGACGAGCGACCGGUUGUUCCCGAAGCCGUGCCCGAAUUGGACGUGAACGGGGCGCGCAACCCCAGUAGUCAUGGAAGCCAUGGUGGAUCGGGUUCCUGGGACGACGACGGGUCCAUGGACGACGACGAGAUUAUUUAGUUUAUUUCACAGAUUCAAAGAGGUCACCGCUAGGUCUUAUAGGUUUUUUUUGAGAGACAUCCAUUACUCGACACACUACUACUACCUACCGGUGCACGGUGUUUUGGGCCCG